GCUCGCUGAUCGAAUCGAAUCGCAUCGUGCGGGACACGGUGCCAGCAGCAGCAGCAGUAGCAGCGGCGGCGGGGGCGGCGGCACGAUCCCACUCGCAUUUUACUACACAUUUUUCUUUGUUGUUGAAUCGGAUAUCGUGCUGUAGCGGUGACGUCAGCCACUCGGAUUAUUGGGGGUUGAAACGGGGGGAUAAGUGUAUCUUGACAAUAACAACAACCGCCGCUAUGGCGAUGCGGAUGGCGCCGUUGACCUGCAGAAACGGCGGCGACUGCGAUGAUGGCGAAAACACCAACAGAAGAACCAGCAGCGGUAGCAGGAGGAGGGACAGGUAGAAAGGACGUGUAUACGCUCGUAGGGCAAGGAAACAGUGGGAAGACGCGUCAUUAGGACGCACCCCCAUCAAACAACACCCAUGAUGGGAUACAUUAUGGGCUGUUCUUGCUUCAAAGAGCCGAAGAAAGAUAAGACUGACGGAUCAUCGCAAAAUGGCGGCGGAGGUGGAGCGCUAUCUCCGAACAGGGAAACGACGCAAGGCAUUGAAAAUUCCGCGAUGGUCGCCACAAUCGGAAAACCAGAAAGGCCGAGUUCCUUGGGACACGGACACGGCAAACUCACAAGGAGAUUGCUAUGUUACCAUAGCGAACAUUUUAGCGGCAUGGAUCAGCACCAGCAAGAGGGGCAGCAGCAGCAGCAGCAUCAUCCAAUGGGCGGCGUAUGCGUUCCGCCCCCUUUGCCGCCGCCUUCUCAAACGUCAACAGGACAAGGGGGCGGCGUCGGCCCAGCCAAUAGCCUCAUGCUGAGCGAACUGCCCGAACCGCCCAUUCCCGUAUCAGAAAUCGGUCCGAUUCCUCCGCCGCCCAUGUUCAGCUCGCCCAGUCCGGUGCCCCCUCCCUCGCAGACGACCGCCCAUCAACUGCCCGCAGGAGGCGCCGCCCCAGGAAGGAUGUCACCACCGCCACCACCACCACCCAACAACAAUGCCGCAUCCGGCGAUUACGAUUACGAAGAAAACGACGAGGAGGAUGACGAUGAGGAUCCGUCGGACACGUCCGACUUUUGCGAACAUCACCUGCACCAUCAUCACCAACAGGCGGGAGGUGAUGAAUCACCGUACGGCACCUGCUUUCGAAUGACGCAGCCCGAUCCGGCGAUAGACACAACCAGGAUCGACGAGAUACCCGCCAAGGAACCGAAAUUCGGCGCGGUGCCAUUGAAAUCGGCGUUGAAGAAAAAGGGCGGUGUGGGCAGCGGUCCGGGAACGCCGACGCAGGAGCACGCCGCAUCGACUGCCACUGGGGGACCAGGAGGAGCCAGGAACAACAUGCUCACAGCUGCCAACGCUAGACAACACGAAUUUAAUUCCAGUUUCAAGUGAGUACAAAUUUUAAAUAUUACUACGCCUCUUGCGAUUUUUAUAAUAAUAUUCCUUAAGAGGUAUGCUCCUUUAACAUUACGUUAUUUU